ACUUCAAAUCGUAAAUCCGUCUCAGUUUUAGAUGUGUGCAAUCCUUCCCUUCAUUAUUGGUGAGGUUAUGGUCUAUAGUUGACUUAACCAUAUCCCUUAGCUCAGUGUAAACAAUUGAGAAAUGCCUUCAUUCUGGUGAAGCAAUGGUUUAAAGUUGACUAACAUAUAUAAAUUUAAGUCACCUGCCUCCGUUUAAAUUUAGUAGUGGUUGACCAACUAUUCAGUAGUUGAGACAAGACCUAUCACCAGCCAGUUCUCAGUAUGUAACAUGCAAAUUUGCCCAAAAUUGGCUGCAUAACAAUCCCAGACUUGGUUUUUCCUGCGAUUGAUUAAAUUUCUCUUAAAACAAAUUGUUCUUUUGAGUAAAAAUCAUUUGCUAAAAGUUGGGAAAAGGAGGGAUAUAUGAAAGAAGGUAAUGUGCUAAUGACUGCUCAGAGAAUGAUAUCUGGUGCCUCUCCUUCUUCUCCAUCAACUCCAAACUCUCAAGCUACACAACCACCUUUGCCAACACCAUCACCAUAUUCGUUCUCAGUGGCAUCGACAAGGUUGAGAUCAAGGCCUUCUAUCUAUGCAUACGAUCUUACCCUAAGGUCACUGGCACUCUUGUUCUCCUUCAUUUCUGCUCUUUCGCUAGCUGCACCAUCACCAUCAAGGACCAAACGAGGAGCGAUUUCCAGAUUCUAUGAUAACCCACAAUUAACGUACUGCUUCACAGUAAGCUUAUUAGCUUUUAUAUACUCGGCCUUUCAACUCUUCAAAAGAGUUUGUGACAUUGCUUAUCGAGGGGUCUUGAUCUCAGAUAUGACCUCUGACUACCUCAGUUUCAUACUCGAUCAGUUGGCAGGUUACCUCCUUGUGUCCUCUUCUUCAGUAACUAUACCAGUCAUUCAACAGAUGGAUAGCCGUACCUCUCUCUGGAAACCAGCUAUUGUUGCUGUUUGCAUGUCAUUUACUGCUUUCGUGUUCCUUGCAGUCUCUGCACUCUUAUCAGGCUACAAGCUGUGCAAAAGGAUCAUAUGGUGAUGCACUGGGAAUUAAAGACGCAGCCUUCUUCACUUCUUUGUUUCCGUCGAGAAAGUUUUGAUCUGCUUGAAGCAUCACAAGUGGCAAUUGGGCGGCAUAUAGCAACUAUCCUUGACUACACUAAUGAUCUGGUAGAAGUUGACAACAAUAAGAAAGAAGGGCUCGGAUGUUUAUCGGACAUCUUCCUAGCUAUGAUAGGUUUGAGUUGGACAGUGCCAAGAAGAAUCUGGAUUUGUUGUCAAGCUCGCACAGAAGUGGAGGAUUAACAGAACAGAAAAGCAGAUGGGGCAGAGUACCUGCCUGCAUAUGGACUAUAUGGAGAGAGAGGAACUCAAGAUGUUUUGAAGAUAAGAGCAACUCAAUCCAGAAGAUAGAAUUAAAUUGUGUCGUGUUGUUUCAUUUCUAGUGUAAACAGGAGCAUGUAGAUGACACCGCGUCUCUAUUACAAGCACUAGAGUCUCUGUACGAAGAAGAAUACUUUUGGUGAUUUUAUAUUUCUUUUGAUGCUACAACUAUGUAAAUAUGGCUCGCAAAGUCUCUGCAUUUAAGGUUAUAACUGCUAUCAUAUAUAAAAGAAAACGUUAAAUAGCGAAGAAGAGAAAAUUUUGGUAGAACCAUCUAUUAGUUGCCGUUGUCAUGGUGAAUAAACAGUUUAGAUAGUAACAAACUAGUUUGAACUGCCUUGCUUCAAAGUAACAAGAAGUUACAAUUUACUUUCUACAGAAAAUGUGUUCCUGUUUCCACUUAUGCCCUGAAGACAAUAACUGAAUAGGAGUAUAUUCCCUAGUCUGCAUCG